AUGAGUGUCCGUAGAAUCACCAGGAGCAGCAAACAAAGGAGCAUUAUGUCCAGUCUUGUGAUCCCAGAACCCAUGAAAGUCAUACGCCAUCAGAUUAAUAAAGUCCAGAAGCUCCACAAAGUUCUGAACAUCCUGGGAUUUACCUCCGCGCUGGUUAGGGUACUCCCAGUCCAGGUCGAACCCAUCAAAGCCCCAUUGUUUGACAAACGUGACUGCGUUAUCAGCGAAGCGCUCUCUGGAUUCAGGAUUGCUCGCCAUUAUUGAGUACUUCCUUGAUCCUUCAUUCCACCCGCCAAUUGCUACCAGAGUUUUCAAAGCAGGAUUCUUCAGUUUCAAUUUGUUGAACCUUCUGAACCCGUCCUUGCCGUAGUUUGUAGGUAAGUCUUGCCAUGGAUCCAGAACUCUGAUGCUGGAGCCUUUUAAUCCCACGAAUGUGUAGACUAAGUGAGUGCACAGGUGAGGGUCUAUGUUUUCUAUACUGAAUCUUCCAUUACCCGGGCGAUAAACUGACCAGCUGCCGAAGUAACAGACAAUUUUUCCUU